GCCUCAGAGUGGAGCCAGCUCAGCCAGGCUCCAGCCAGUCAGUGGACGACCAGUAUCCCAGGAAGAUGGAGGGUAAAGCUUUCCUUACAGAAGAAUCUGCCUACAAGGCGCUUCAAGAUUAUUACGAUGCAAAUGGCAGUAAGAUCAAUAUUCUCAAGAUGUUCAAAGAAGAUCCUGACAGAUUCAAUAAGUACAGUGUCACCUUGACAACACCUGAAGAUGGCUCAAUUUUGUUUGACUUCAGCAAGAAUCGAAUCAAUGAAGAAGUUGUAAAGCUGUUGAUGAAUUUGGCCAGAGCUCGCAAGAUUGAGGCUUCUCGAGAUGCAAUGUUUUCAGGAGAGAAGAUUAAUUUCACAGAAGACAGAGCUGUAUUGCACAUUGCACUACGCAACCGUUCCAACAGUCCAAUUAUGGUAAAUGGAAACGAUGUCAUGCCUGAUGUUAAUGCUGUGCUGGAUCACAUGAAAGAGUUUUGUGGGAAGGUUAUAUCUGGCGAAUGGAAAGGUUAUACUGGCAAGUCCAUAACAGAUGUGGUUAAUAUUGGUAUUGGAGGCUCAGACCUUGGUCCUUUGAUGGUAACAGAGGCACUCAAACCAUAUGCUAUUGGACCUAAUGUGCACUUUGUUUCUAACAUAGAUGGUACGCAUAUGGCAAAGACUCUGAAGAUCCUGAAUGCUGAAACGACACUGUUUAUCAUUGCUUCAAAGACUUUUACUACACAAGAAACAAUCACCAAUGCUACAUCUGCCAAGAACUGGUUCCUUGAUACUGCAAAAGAUGCAUCAGCUGUUGCCAAACACUUCGUUGCUCUCUCAACCAAUGGUCCUAAGGUAAAAGAUUUUGGAAUUGAUGAAGCUAACAUGUUUGGCUUCUGGGAUUGGGUUGGUGGACGUUACUCUCUCUGGUCUGCCAUUGGUCUUUCCAUCGCUCUACACAUUGGAUAUGACAACUUUGUGAAGCUAUUGUCAGGAGCUCACUUUAUGGACAACCACUUCAAAACUGCUCCACUUGAAAAGAAUAUUCCUGUAAUCUUGGCAAUGCUGGGUGUGUGGUAUCAUAAUUUUUAUGGCGCCGAGACACACGCUCUCCUUCCCUACGAUCAGUACCUUCACAGAUUCGCGGCAUACUUCCAGCAGGGUGAUAUGGAGUCCAAUGGCAAGUAUGUUACACGCAGUGGUCGUUCUGUGAAUUACAAGACGGGACCAAUUGUUUGGGGCGAGCCAGGUACCAAUGGUCAACAUGCAUUUUAUCAGCUGAUUCACCAGGGAACCAGACUUAUUCCUGCUGAUUUCAUUGCUCCAGCAAAGUCCCACAACCCAAUUGCAGACAAUCUUCAUCAUAAGCUGCUCCUGGCCAAUUUCCUUGCACAAACAGAAGCUCUUAUGAAGGGAAAAACCACAGAAGAAGCCAAGGCUGAACUAGAAAAGGCAAACAUGCCAGCUGACAAAUUGCAGCGCAUCUUGCCCCACAAAGUGUUCGAGGGCAACCGCCCCACUAACUCUAUUAUGGUAGAAAAGUUGACUCCAUUUACGCUGGGGGCAUUAAUUGUCAUGUAUGAAAUGAAGAUCUUCACCCAAGGUGUACUUUGGGAUGUAAAUUCUUUCGAUCAGUGGGGUGUUGAACUAGGAAAGCAACUGGCUAAAGCUAUUGAACCAGAGCUACAGGACAGGAAUCCAGUCUCAUCCCACGAUUCAUCAACUAAUGGACUGAUCAACUACAUCAAGAACCAUUUGUAAAUGUUUUAGCAAAAGCUAAAGUUCAAGUGAUAGUUCUGUCUGGUCAUAAUCUGCUAUUUCUAGUAUCAGUGUCUUUCUGAGGUCAGACACUUGAAAGAUUUGUACUGUAUGCAUUAAAUACUAAUAGUGCAUAAUAUUAUUUUGUUGAUGUAUCUUAGUACAGAUUGGAAAAAAUUGGUGUGGUAUUACAAUCACAGGAGCCUUGAUUUGUAGUAAUUGUUUCCAUGUAGGUGAAAUGGGAUUGUAAUGAGUAAGCACCAUUCAUCAGUAAGUAAUAGUACUCUCAGAGUUUUCAAUAUAAAUCAGUGAUUAGUGCUGUGUAUGUAAACCUUAGGUAAUGUCAGCUUUGAUUAAUAAAAUCUAAAUUUACAGCAUGUC